AUGUUACCAGCCAGUCGCUCCGCAGCGCGGGUCUGCUCGCGCAGCUGCACCGCCGCUCCGGCUUGGACAGCCAUUCUCGCAACUCACACAGCUCCCUCCUUACAAGCCCGAUCAAGCGAGCUUCCUCGAAACCCACAAACACGGACGCGCCGCCGCUGGCUCUCAACAUCUAACCGUCUUCUCCUCCCUCCGGCCGCGAACCCCUCUCCCACCACCUCCCAACCCGAUGCUAGUUCGUCCACAUCCUCCACAACGACGACAACCGCACCAACAACGUACUACGACCUCUUCCCCGAAUCGCUUCCCCAAGGGCCCCCUCCCCGCGGUUCUUUCCCCAUCGACAUCCGCGCCCUACGCCGCGAAUUCCUCCAGCUCCAAGCCCGCGCACACCCCGACCUGCACGCUGCGAAGCACAAGACCCGCGCGCAAGCCACCUCGGCGCACCUCAACGAAGCCUUCCGCACGUUGACGAACCCGCUUCUAAGGGCGCAGUACCUCCUCUCGCUGAGGGGGAUCGACGUGGCGUCGGACGAGGCGGCCAAGGUGGCGGAUAUGGACCUCCUUCACGACGUGAUGGAGGCGAGGGAGGAGAUUGAGGAGGCGCACAAGGAGGAGGAGCUAGAAGGGGUUAGGAGGGUGAAUGACGAAAGGAUAGCGCUGAGCGAGGAGGUGUUGGAGAGGGCGUUUGCUGAGGAUGAUUUGGAGGCGGCGAGGGGGGAGGCGCCCAGCCUACCGCCCAUCCAUCCCACUCCCACCGCCAUUACCCCAACACGACAUUACCCCCGCGCUCUCGCCAACCAACAUCCCCACCCCCCGCGACUCCAAAUCCGUUACCGAUUCACCAUCACCAAGCCCGCCCCACCAAACCACCAAAUGUCCGGCAUCAAGAUCCUCUGCUUCGGCGACUCUCUCACAUCGGGCUGGUUCAACUUCGGUCUUGGCGAGCACCCUUACGCCGAAACCCUCGCCGAACGUCUCCGGGCCGCCUUUCCCUUCCCCGUCUCCGUCAAGGUGUCGGGCGCGCCCGGGGAUCUCGUUUGUACGGAGCGGUGGGUGGACCGGGCGAAGGCUGAGCUCGAGAAAGACAAGUACACAUGGGCAAUCGUCCUCGGCGGCACAAAUGACAUCGCGUUCCGCAUCCCCGCCGACCAAAUCUUCGAAUGUCUCUCCGAAACGUGGGACAUUGCCCUCUGCAAAGGCACCAAAGUCCUUGCCCUGACCGUACCCGAGUGCCGGUCCAAGAUGCAGUUCGCUACGGACACGCGGAACGAAGUCAACGACCUCAUCCGAAAGCACAAGGAGCACAACUUUCACGCCUUCGACCUCCAUGCCCAUCUCCCCUACCACGUCCUCACGCGCGAGCAAAGGCAAAAGUACUGGGACGACGGCCUCCACCUCACCGAGGAGGGCUACAACUGGAUGGGAGAACACAUCGCCGACGCCCUCAUCAAGAUCAUCCAGGCCGAGGUGGUGCCUAAACCCGCCGCGGUGGCCAAGCCUGAGAGGAGGAAGAAGAAGCCGAAGGUGUACGGCGACGAGGCGAGCGUCGAGGAGGAGGAGGGAGAUCCGAAGAGGUUGAGUAAGGGGUAUGUCGUGGUGCGUAAACGGGACUUGGAGUAA